UUCAUGGGGCUCCUAUGAGUGAGAGACAAAUACAUACAUAAGAGACCCUAAAAGUAACACUCAACAUUUACUGAGCCCUUACUUUGUGCCAAGCACUAUACUAGGUGCUUAAUAUAAAUCAUCUUAAUUUCACUUAAUCCUCGGGUUAUCCCUAUGAACCGUGUUCAACUAUUAACCCUAUUUUGUAGAUGAGAAAACUGAGAGAGGUGAUGUCACUCCAGGUAGACAGAGUUCACGAGUAGUGGACUUUGGAUUCAGCUCCAGAUCUGUUUGAUGCCACAACUCAGUGACCACAAAAAUCAGAUGCAUGUUGGAUAGCCAUCGACACCACAUUCUCCCUCUGACUGGGGUGCUCAGGCAUGGCUUCCCCACAGAGCGGGCAUCUCAACUGCCCUGCCUCCACGGGCAAAGGAAGGGGCUUCUAGCCAAGGCUUGAGAAAAGGCAGGAGAAUUGCAAAAGGUGCCCUUUCUUGUCUUGGGGGGCUCACUUACGUUACAACAAUAAGUAGCUUUUGUGGAGUAGUGUGGGGAGAGAGGAAGAGAAGAGAUUGCUUUCUCCAAUUUUCUUCUCCUUCAUUUUUCCUGGGCCCUCUUGAAUCUAAGCUUCCUCAAAUGCCAAGAGCUUUCAGUGCCCACAAAGCGUAAGGUGCCUAAUGAGUAAAACGAACAGGAAGUGUUGGAAUUGAAUGAGAGGGGAGAUCACUGGGCAAGGUGGACCAGCUGGGGAGGAGGCGGGGUUUGAGCUGGGCCCUACCGCCUAAGUGGAGUUCAGAGAAAGUGAAGGCGGGGGAGGGGGGCACUCUGCAGGAGGGUCCGCGGGAGUGAGAGGCAGAGGGAGCAACUUGGUCCUGUCCAAGUGGAGGGUUUAGAACAGUCAGAGCAUGGGGCUGACAGCUGCAUCUGUUGGGCCUGCUAUAAAAGAAUACCACUGACUGGGGGGUUAUGAACAGCCCAGGUUUAUUUCUCAUAGUUCUGGAGGCUGGGAAUCCAGAACGAAGGUGCGGGCAAGUGCGGUGUCUGCUGAGGACCCACUUCCUCCAUCCCAGACAUUCAUCUUCUCAGUGUCCUCACAUGGCAGAAAGGGUGAGGGAGCUGUCUGGGGGCUCUUGUGUAAGGAUGCUCGUCCCGUCCCCGAGGAUUUCAUCUCCAUGACUACUCAGCUCCUGAAGGCCCCACCUCCUAAUGCAGUCACAUUAGGAAUGUGAUAGUUUCAACAAAGGAGGUUUGGAGGGACACAGACAUCCGGUCUGGAGCAACGGGAAGCAGUCUGGCCAGGAUGAGGUAGACUCUGAAACUGUGGCAGGUGGUUUGAAGCUAAUCUUAGAGGAGGAGCCAUUGAGGAUUUUUGAGCAGAUGAAUAAGUGAUCUGAAGGUCAUAUUUGAGGAAGACUGACGACAGUGACAGAUCUGGAAAAUUACGUAUCCCUCAGGGUCAGAACUAUUCCCUUGCUUUAAAUUAUACCUCCACAGAGUGGUUUGGAAACCAGAGAAAUUGUCCACCAGCGAGGGGAAUAGGGUGUGAGCUGGGCUGAUUGCUAUAGUUAGAAGAAGGAAGGUCAGAAAUAGAAAUUGCAUAAAACUUACUCAGAGGGUUGGAGCCGAGUUUGAGAGUGGGGAGAAGGCUAAAAGACAAGGGGUCACAAGUAUGAAGUUCUGUGUUGCAAGAAAGUAACUUCAUUGGUAAGGAGAGAAAUCCAAAGUGAGAAUCACUUGGGAGAGAAAGGGUUUAAUACCUGUUGGCUUGGAGAUGGAAAUGUCGAGCACACGGACGUGUAGACUAGAGUCUUGGGAGAGAUUAGGACCGUAGGGGAAAACAGAGAUGUGUCUGUCUCCUGCACAGGCCUGCUUCGGCCGCAUGGGUGAAUACAUGCAAGAAAAGACCCUGACUGCCCUCUUUGCCAGAGUGUGAUUGUUGGCGCAGAGAGGGCGAGUUCAGCUCGUAUUUAUUUGAGAGACUGCACGUUUUACCUAGUAAAUUAUAGUGUCCCAAAGUUCGAAAGAAAAAUAAUCUGAUAAGAUGUUUAGAGGUACUUGGUGAAGGUGGAUCUGACUGUAAAGUAGUGCUUAACUUAGUGUUUCCAUCUGUAGACAUGGUUUGACUUUCUGAAAGUCCUCUCCAGGUAGUUUUGCUUUCUGUCGGUAAAGUUUGAAAAUGUCUUCCAAUUACUACAUUUAAACAAAAUAUUCUUUCAUUCCCUGUCAGGUUUCUACACUGCGUUUCAGAUUCCAGUGUGUAACUGGAAGUUGAAUUAAGUGUGACAGGAACAACUAAGGGCUAGAUUAAGCUAGGUGCCCAGAUGACUAUUAUGAGCCAAGCUUGUGCAGAAAGGUGUAAUAUAAUGAGGCUGGUGGACCGUCGGUGGGCAGGGAUCGCCAAAGGAGUGGGCACUCAGAAGAUUAUUGGAAGGGUACAUCUAGCUCAGGUUCAGAUUGAAGGAGAUUUCCUGGCGUGUUCUUUCUCUAUACUUGAGGAACAGCCCAUGGACAUGCUUCUGGGACUGGACAUGCUGAAGCGGCAUCAGUGUUCCAUUGACCUCAAGAAAAAUGUGCUCGUGAUCGGCACCACAGGCUCUCAGACCACCUUCCUUCCCGAGGGAGAGUUACCAGAGUGUGCCCGAUUGGCAUACGGGGCUGGGCGAGAGGACGUGCGGCCGGAGGAGAUUGCAGACCAAGAAUUAGCAGAAGCUCUUCAGAAAUCCGUAGAGGAUGCAGAGAAAAGCGGUAAAGAAACUACCUCACUGGGAAUGUCAUCAUUACCAACUUCAAAUGGAUUUAACCAUCCAGCCCAUCCUUCAGGACAGAGUCCUGAGAUUGGUAAUCCUAUGAGUCUUGCUCACUCUGUCUCUGCUUCAGUCUGCCCUAUCAAGCCCAGUGACCCCAACAGCAUCGAACCUAAAGCUGUGAAGGCUUUGAAGGCUUCAGCUGAAUUCCAGAUAACCUCUGAAAAGAAAGAACAUCUUCCUCUGCAGGAUCUUUCUGAUAGUGCUUCUUCAGCAGACAGUGCUCCAGCAGAUCAGAGUCCAGCCAUGCCUUUGCGGAAUUCCUCUGAAGAAGCCAUUGUUGCCGAUAAUAUGGAGAAAUCUGCUGAUAGAAGCACCCAGGGCCUCAGAUCUCAUCUCCACACAAGACAGCAAGCUAGUGUAUCUGUCACAACUACUAGGGUGCAAGAACCAGCGGGGUUUCUAGGUGAAAAGGGUUGGCAUCCAGAAAAUCAGAACCUGUGUCAGGUGAAUGGCCUUCAGCAGCACAAAGAACCAGGGAGUGAACAGCACGGGGUUGGACAACAGAGUGCUCUAAAUGACCGAGAACAUCUCUGUAACACAGAGGACUUUGAACUUCUUGGAGAAAGGCAACAGAAUCAACAAAGAAGUGUUGAUUUGGAAUCGACCAUGAAAGAAGACAGGCUACAACAGAAUGUGGACCUUCCAGGUACAGAGGAAAAUACUCUACCUUCAGGAUGCUUUGGCUGCUCAAACUCAGAAACACUUAUGGAAGUAGAUACAGUUGAAGAGUCCCUAGUUGCUGUGCUCAAUUCAGCAGAUGGUCAGCAUGCCAGUGUCAAGAACAUCGGUGCAUCUGCUCUCACCUUAGAUAAUCCCUUGAUGGAAGUAGAAACAUCAAAAUGUAACCCUUCGUCUGAAAUUUUGAGUAAUUCAGUUUGCACUCAGGAUUUACAGCUCCCAGACAGUAAUGUUGAAAUGUCUGGAACAAGUAAAGAAGAUGGGGAUUGCUCCCCCUCUUUAAGUCUUUGUGGCAGUUCUCAGCCCUCUGUGGAGUCAGCAGAGGAAUCUUGCUCAUCUUUAACAGCAGCCUUGAAGGAACUCCAUGAACUUCUGGUCAUUAGUAGUAAACCAGCUUCAGAAAAUAUAUCUGGGGAAGUUAUCUGUCAGUCCAAAAUGGUAACUGAGGGCCCAACAGUUAUUAAGGACCUUUCUGAAAGAUGGACCCAAAGUGAACAUCUUACAGCUACCCAGGAUAAAGAGCAUUCACAGGUCACCCUUCGUCAGAGCAUAUCUGUGUCAGUGAGGGCAGAGAACUUACCAGACACUUCAAAUGGUGCUGGAGUAGAUGCAGUAGAAAAUAGUACCGUAAGGGAUCCGGGCGAUGGCCUAGUACCGGAUAAGGAAAGUGUCCCCGAGCCUAGGGAAUCUGGAAAGGAGAGCAGCUCUGCCACUCUAGCCUCAGCUAAAACGUCUAAUCAGUCACACUGCACCUUAGGUGUAGACAUUCCACCCAAACGCUUAGCUGGUGAGGAGGAUGCAGUCAGUCACACUUCUGAGCAAGCGAAGUCCUUGUCCAAUUUCAUACUGGUUCAAGAUUUGGGCCAGGGCACACAGAAGCCAGUGCCAGACAGGCCUGAGACCAGAGAAGAUGUCUGUCCUGAAGCUGCAAGACCACUUCUUGAAUUUGAACCACCUCCCAGCCAGCCAUCAUCAAGUCCCUCCAUUCUUUCACCAUUAAUUUUUCCCGCCGCAGACAUUGACCGCAUUCUCCGUGCCGGCUUCACUUUGCAGGAAGCUCUUGGGGCUUUGCAUCGAGUUGGUGGAAAUGCAGACCUUGCACUUCUUGUUUUGCUAGCAAAGAACAUUGUAGUUCCUACAUAACCAUGGAAAAGGGGGCUAGACCAUACUCCAUUCCCUUUAAAAAAGCUAUACACGCACACACACACACACACGCACACGUACACACUCACCACAUAUACAGAAUAUGUAGAAACCUGCAAGCAGAAUGUUGAGCCAGAUUUUUUUUAAGGAUUUUUUUCGGCCAAAGUAACUUAUCUCUUGUCUGAUGAAUUUGUCUAUUCUCUUUGUUAAAAUUUGGGCCUUUUUAAAUGUAUUGGCAGUAAUGUGCAUACAAAAGCUUUUUAUUAUCAUUAAGAUGAUGUAUUCUGGAAUAAAAUUGAUGGUUUUGUGUAUAGCAUACCAUUUUAGAAUGAGAGUGAAUGCUUUAAAAAGCAGAAGCCAUGAGAAGUCCCACCUCCCAUGCAGCUAGAAGCAAAUCAGCUUCCCAUUUUGGCUGUGUAUGUGCUGUAGGCAAGGUAUGGCUUGUUGGCUCGGUUGUCCGUUUACAAACUGGAUCACAUGGUUUGGUGUUUGGAAUUACACUUAGUGCUCUGUGUAUUGAUGAUUCAUCAGUUAUAACAGAAAAUUGAAGAAUAGUUGAAUAAUAUCUCUUAGAGUGGUAUGUUUUUAUUUGUUUGGUUAGGAUUUGACCUUUUUAUGGGAUGAGGUGGGAGGGUUUAGAACUUGGGCUGCUUUGUGCAUCAUAGGCUGCUGCAUGGAUUGCCAAGUAUUUGGGGUGGGACACUGGGGGGGGGAGCGGGGGAGUCAACAUCAGAGUGAAACAUGGUGCUACCCAGAUAAGAAAAGGGAAGAGUCUGUAAUUCCAUUUGCAAAUGUCCUGGUGAUGUUUCAAGAACUAGGAGUGAAAAAUGGCCGAAACACUGGAAUUGAUUAGAGAGUGGGUUUGCUAGCAUCUUACUGAUCACACCUCAACCUUUAGUGAUUAAUGAGGAACUUAAAGAUCUGCUAAUGGGUUGAUUGCCAGAAGUUUAUUUCCUUUGGAAGCUCAUCUACUAGGAACUUGUAAAGCUCAGGUUGAGCUGUGAUCUGAGUGAAAUAUUAUGAAGUGGGAUAACCUUGUCACUGGUUCAUCUUGGUGCUUGGAAUGGUCAGUCUCUUUGUUGAGUGUCCUUCAUGGCACCGGAAAUAGUAACUGCAGUUUCUGACUCAAGUGGCCUUGGGUAGAGAUUUCCAUCCCUUUCUUUCCUCAGGAGUUUCUUUUUUAAAGCAAGAUGCAUCAUAUUUGUGUUUACCAUGUCAAGGUAGAGUGGGGCAUAGUAUAUAGAUGUAUUUAUUGUGGCCUUUUUUUAUAUGAGGACUAGCCCUUGGAAACCAUUGUCCUGUGGGCCCCACUGUGCAAUAAUCCUACUGGAUAGGUUUUAGGUAGUUUUUCCUGGAAAAUAAACUCUCUUACGUACCUAGCAGGAAUCCAAAAUCUUGGUUUUAUUGAAAAGAAUCUUGAGAAUAACUCCCGAUUCCAAGUUGUGGUUCGCAGUGUGUUUGAAACAGAUGCUUUGAAAGGGUGAUUCGUGAACUUAGUGUUAAAUGAUUUUUGUCUAAAGUCUUACUCUCUUCGGAAGCUUAUUCUUUCCAUCAAAAUUCGAGUCACUGAGCACAAUCAAAAUGGAGGCUCAUAUCUCAGGAGUUUUUGAAAUUUUUAUUUGGGGGCACUUAGAGACGUUUCUCUUCUACCCUAUUCCAUCUUUUCCUUUUGCUGUGAUAUUUGUCUGUGUGUUAAUGAGACUUUAGUGAUGUGAUAGAAAGUCACAUAGAUUCAUCAUGAUCUGAAGUUAGGAGAUGGUUGACAGAAGGAGUUGUGGUUUACUGUUUUCAAGAGGGCAUUCAGAACAGCGGGUCAGCCAGGUUGUCUUUAAGAUGUUCUUUUAGACAAUCACAUGUCGCAGACCCUUUUGCCUGCCCCACACCAAAGAUGUAAGAUGCACUAGGAAACUGCAUAUAGGAUUUCUGUCAACCGACUCUUAGAGCUGUGAUUGUAAUUAAGUAGUUGGUGCUAUGAUUGAAGCAAAAUCUAGUAGCAAUGCAAUGGCCCCUGUAUUUGCUUUAUGGGUGGUAAUUGGGAAUUUAUUCUAAGCUUAUAAAUCUUUAAGGUUGCGAAGUGGGUUUGGUGUGAGGUGGGGGAAGUUAUCGAUGACAACAGACUCCUCCAAAAAGGCCUCUGCGUGAAGAUGGGCCUCAUAGUCUUCUGUCUGGGUAGUGACGUACUGCUCAGAGGCUUGGCUGCUCAGUUUUCACAGUGCAGAGAUUUGGGAAUCAAUCCCAGGUGGAAUAUAGAAUAUCAGCCUGGAAAAGGUUUUAUUAUAAUAGCUUUUUACUACAUAUGUAUAUUUAUUUUUAGGAGAAAAUUGAAUAGGCCUAUAGUUGUACAUGUAUUCUUGUUAGUAGUGCUUUGAAUGAAUGAGCUGAACCCACUUGCCAAAUAUCCUGGUCCUUUUUCAUCAUUUAUUUUUCAGUGUAUAAUUGCUUCGAUUUUUAAAACCUUAUUUCCUGUUCCAUCAUUUGUAUGAAAGUGAAGUUGUUGACAUUGUUAGGAUCUUGAAUCAUUCUUAAAUUUUGCAGUUCUUAAAACACAAAGGGAAUUAAGGAACAUGACACUAGUGAACCUUCAUUGUCAGUUUUUUUGAAAGUGCAGACAUUUGGGGCGCCUGGCUGGCUCAGUCGGAAGAAUAUGCGACUCUUGAUCCCAGGGUCAUGAGUUCGAGCCUCACGUUGGGUGUAGAGAUUAUUUAAAAAAAAAAAAAAAGUUAAAAUAACCUUUUUUUAAAAAGUGAAGAAAUUCAAGAUUAACUUCUCUUAAAGUAAGAUAAAAUCAUUGUGAACUCCUCUGGUUGCUAAAAUACUGAUACUGGUCAGCCAUAAGCAGUAAUGGGCCACUUUACUGACAGCUUCUUUGCCACAACCAGUAAUGGACGGUUCUGUGGUCAGCACUCACGUCCAAGGGUGGUCUCUGUUUAUUCACCAAAGAGAGGAGAAGAUUGUCCUGUAUGACUUCUGCAGUUUACCCUAAGUUGAUGCGCGUGUGCAGCAAUGUGCUUGGUGACCUGACAGCUGUGCCGAGGCUGUAGAUUUUGCUCAUUGGAGCUGAUAAGAAUGAUUUCCACUUGGACCUGUUUAGGCCUCCAGACAUCAGCCAGUAGCCUUCAUCCCACAGUUUGGGCCUUAGCCAUUAACAUAUAAAGAUAACCAGUUGCUUGGCAAAGAGAACGGGAUAGAUGGUGGGUGUGUGUUAAAACUGUUCUGCCUUGGAGCCUAUGAAACUCCCAGAGCUCCUCGUCUCCAUAUGUACUAAAGGAAGACACAACCCAUGUGUUUUUUCCCAAAGCAAUUCUCUAGCGAGAGAGGGUUGCAUAAAAAUGGAAAGAUACAUGAGACUCUGUGUCACCGAUUUUAUAACUAGUUAAAAUGGAAUCUGCCUGUUCUUCCCUUAGCACAGCUUUCUAUCUCUAGUAAAAGCCAUAAAAACUUAGUUGAUUUAACCAUCAGCUCGUGUGUGUGUGUGUGUGUGUGUGUGAGUGAUUGACAAAUAUCCUACAGUUAAUUUUACAUAGACUGAAAAGCAAACAGUUUUUGUAUCUACAGAUAUAUUCUCCACUUACGGUGGCUUUUAUCCGACGAUAUAUAUAAAAACAGCCUUGCAAAUAACUGGCCAGGAAAGUUCCAGUGCAUUCUGACUUCCUUUUCCUACCUGUUUGCCGCCUGUAAUGAGAGCAAGCAGGAUAAUUGAACUGCGAUGUAUUUCAAACUUGUUAUCACUGGUAACAUAUCCUAAGAUAAGCUAAUUAGAUUAUGCAUUCUUCUGUUCUCUAGCACAAAUACCAAAACGCCAAAUUUCUCCUUUGAAUUUGGUGACUUAGUAUAGUCUGUGGCUGAACUAGAAAGAAACAAGUUAUUAGGAGUUUCCUUUCCCAGAAGAUGGAAUGUUAACCUUUUUGUAUUAGGAGUUCCAUAAAAAUAAAAAAUAGCUUUUUUUCUGAAAGAAUAAAAAACUCCAGUUCCUCUUAACAACGGAGUAAAUUCAAAGCGUGUCCUUGAGAACUAGAAAUGUAAAAUCAUGGCUUAAGUUGUGUACCUUAGAGGCCUCUCAGUGUUAGUGAGGUGUUCCUAGGAGUUCAUUGAAUAAAUAAUUUAGGGGUAAACCUUUGAUGUACUUGAUUUUCUCUUGUGCCUUAGUUUCUCCAAAUAGCAGAAGCAUCACAUUUUGGUGGGAAAUAAAAGUGGAAGUAUCGGAGGGAAAGUUUGAAAAUGUCCUUCCUAAAGAUAGAGGCUAUGCAUGGAGUGGUCUUAAGACUCACCCUCAUUGUUAAUUCAGAAUUAUCCUGCAUCAAAUCUUUAGACUUCCCUAGAUAGAAGAAUUAUAAUAGGGCUUUUUUGCAUCGAGAGUACCAAAAAAAAUGGUUUCUAGAUGUUUAUUAUGUUGUUUGUUGCACUAUCUAUAUUGUGGUGGUUAAGACAGAAUUCAAGAAAAUCUGGUACUCUUGAAGGCUAUACAGUAUGAGUCUUUAAAUAAGAUUUCAUUGAUUCAUGGGGUACCUGCCUGGCUCAGUCAUUAGAACAUGCAACUCUUGAUCUUAGGAUUGUGAGUUUGAGCCCCACAUUGGGGGUAGAGUUUACUUUAAAAAAAAAAAAAAGUGUGUAUUGAUUUAUUCAUCAGACAUUAAGUGCCUGUGUGCCCAGUACUGGGGAGCACUGGGGAUACAGGGGUGACUAAAUCAGAUUGGAAGGCUGCCCUCAUGAAGUUCUGUCUAGUAAAGAGACAUGAAACAAAUUUUAGCCUUAAGAAGAGCAAGAUCUGUUUUUGCCUGUUAGCAUGGUUUUAUUUUCCAAAGUCAUAUUAGAAUGAUCUGGUUCAAAUUCAGAGGAGAUUGGGAAAAUUGGGCUCCAAAUGGAAUAAGAUGCUGUGAGCCUCAAACUGCUCUAAAAAGUCAUUACUUUUUAAUAGAAUCAGAAACCAACAAAAAAUGUUCCAACAUUUGAUAGAAAUACUUGAAGAGAUCAGUAUAAAUGAUUUGGAAAUAAUUUAUGCUGCCGGGGGACAAGGGGAAAUGGGCAGGAUAGAAGUGCAAGUAAAUGGGAGAUGAUCGCAAGUACACACCAGUGACAGCUUUUCCUCCCAUCAGGACACCCUUCCACGCAGGCUAGAAAUGUGGAGUGUGCUGCGGCAUCCUCCCCACUCCCCCUUUGAGCACGGCUGCUCUGGAAUACAGACCAUCUGGGCCAACAGGACUUAGCAGAGGAUCCUGCAGGAUUUGCUGUUUUAAAAGAAGCUGAGUGCAGGAUGUGGAAAUGGGAAUCUAGAGCAGAAAACGUAGCAAGCGAUGGCACCGGAUGGUGGGCAGGAUUAUUGACAAGAUUACCCAAGGCUCUACCAAAUCUUUGACAGGACAGGUCCAUCAAAAGGACAUUCUUCGACCCAUUAUUUAAAAUGUCACCAUGUAUGUUGUAAUCCUGAGGCAUACAGGUAGAAUUUCUGGACCUGACUACUAGUGACUUCUGAGGCUUAAAAUUAGAAAACUCAAAAGUUUAUCAGAUAUGUAUUGGUAACUGGUAAUUUAGACCCUCUCGGGGCUGUAAAAGGUGAGAGGGAUUUAGCUGGUAAGUUUCAGGGCGCAAUUUUGAGGAAUGAAAUCUACAGAGAAAAUGGUUCAAGGGUGUAGGAGUUAGAGAAUGUUUCUUUUAUCUAAAAAAGUUAGGCAGAUGACAGAAGACCUGGGGUGGUGGGGGCGUAGAACACAAAAUUAGAUUUUUACAGAACUGUAUUUCUUUAAAUACGUAAAUAAGAACGUUCUCGUUAGCCAACUUGGGGAAGGGGCAUGUUGGAUAUUUUUCCCUGGGAAAAUCCAUGUCUGAUGGGAAAAGAUUUUGUUUACCAGGAGCUUGCUUUACACACAACCUUGAAUGAAUGCAUUUGUGGCUUAAAGGGAGGAGACCUCUCUCAAUCUCCUACCAGAGGCAGUCAGAUCAGCCAGUUGGUUUCCAGAUUUUCCAGAUUCCUUCAGCCUGAGAUUACCUGAUGCUGACCAGACUUCUUUUUCUUUCCCUGAAGGCCCCACAGCUUUCUGAGUGUAUGCCUCCUAUCUUGAGACCUUUCUCUCUGAAUUAUUAUAUUCCAUUCUCUAUUCUCACGAUCAUCCUUUUGAAAUAGUGAUGCACUCAGAGCAGUUGAACAUACCGAUUAUAUUGCUUUCUUCACUGUGCACCUGCAAUGAAAAUUGAUUUGCUCAUUUUUAUUCAGAAUCUCGUCUUCAUGGCAAGUUGGGCUAAUGGCCUUCACUCUCGAGUAAGGUUUGUUUACCAGUUUUGUAGCCAUAUUUGGCAAAUCUUAGCAAAUAGAAACCCUUCUUUUCCCCUUUGUUCUUGCAAUUGCUCAUGUAUUGCUUUUCUGACUUUUCUUUGAGCUUUGAGACUACUGCAUCUUUAAAAAAACUAGGCGGAUUGGCAAAACAGGCUUGCCAAUAGCUUAGUCACUCCCAUAGUGCUUUGGUUUUGAGAGUUGGGAAAACUCUGAGAACUUAAGAGAACCAAACUCAGGAAUCCCACAGUUGGCUGCACUGUGCCCUUGGUUUAGGGGCUGGACAUAGGACCUGUCUGCAGCUGAGUGAACUAGAUGCAUUUGGGUUUGAGUUUUUUGUCACAUACUGAAAUGUUAAGUCAGCCCUAAAUAAUCGAAACACUUUAUUUUUCUUUUUUUAAUAGGAACUUUCUGAAGAAAAAGUGAUGUGUAAAACAUUUGAUAUUUAAGACAAUAAAGUUUUUAUCAUAAGA